ACAGAAUGGGAAAGUAUAGAGAGUUGCUAUUUUCAUAAAAUUUUAAUUGACUUCAGCACUACAGACUUCAAAAUUCAUAAGCAAAUGUCUAAUCCAUAUUACAUAAUUGUUACCAAUGUUGUGCCCUCCAGACCUCUUUAUUCUUGUUUGUAAACCCUGCAAAUAAUAAUAUUUUAUUCCUCUCCUUGGGAUUGAUGACUCUGCAUCCCCAGUCUCCCCAGUCUUCUCCAGGACUACAGUAUCAUCAUAGUUAGGUCCAAAUAGUCUGUUAUACUAAUGCUCCUUCAGUUGUGUAAAAAGGGUAAAUUGGUAAAAAUGUCACCUGCCUGUUAAUGUUUUUCUAAAAUCCUAUGUUUUUUUAAGAUGAAGAUAAGAGACAAAAAGUUUGGGGAGGGGACGCUGGCAUAGGGGUUGUCUCAUUUCCUGCCCACAUCCUCCCUCUGUUCAAUGCCUUGUGUGCUUACGGGCUCCCUGGAGCGGAUCACCAUAUAAUUGAUGUGCAGUCUGCAUUGCUGAAUCCUGGACUGCACCAUUCUGUGUUCGAGGGAAGAUGUAAUCUGAUCCCUCUGCUGCUAAGGGAGGAAUCUGUUCAGUCAAGGCUUUGACAGGGCAGAGUCUCCUCCAAUAAUCUUCUCCGUUCUCUCUCAUUAUUCCCUUGAGUUCUCUUCAGUCGGGCUGCAUGUAUGUAUGUGUGUCCUGAGAAGCGGUUUGAUACUGAGCUGCAUUUGCCUUUACAGUGGAGUUUUGUUGCUGGUUCUGCUGCCUAAUCUUCCUUUUCUGACGUGCCUGAGCAUGUCCACAUUAGAGUCUGUGACAUACCUACCUGAAAAAGGUUUAUAUUGUCAGAGACUGCCAAGCAGCCGGACACGCGGGGGCACAGAAUCACUGAAGGGGAAAAAUACAGAAAACAUGGGGUUCUACGGCACAUUAAAAAUGAUUUUUUACAAAAUGAAAAGAAAGUUGGACCAUGGUUCUGAGGUCCGGUCAUUUUCUUUGGGAAAGAAACCAUGCAAAGUCUCAGAAUAUACAAGCACUACUGGCCUGGUGCCAUGCUCGGCAACACCUACCACAUUUGGGGACCUCAGAGCUGCCAAUGGCCAAGGUCAACAAAGGCGCCGAAUUACAUCUGUCCAGCCACCUACGGGCCUUCAGGAAUGGCUGAAAAUGUUUCAGAGCUGGAGUGGACCAGAGAAGCUGCUUGCUUUAGAUGAGCUUAUUGAUAGUUGUGAACCAACACAAGUAAAACAUAUGAUGCAAGUAAUAGAGCCUCAGUUUCAGCGAGACUUCAUUUCGUUGCUCCCCAAAGAGUUGGCACUUUAUGUGCUUUCAUUCCUGGAACCCAAGGACCUGCUGCAAGCAGCUCAGACAUGCCGAUACUGGAGAAUUCUGGCUGAAGACAACCUUCUCUGGAGAGAGAAAUGCAAGGAAGAAGGGAUUGAUGAACCACUUCAUAUCAAAAGAAGAAAAAUCAUAAAGCCAGGUUUCAUACAUAGUCCAUGGAAAAGUGCAUACAUCAGGCAGCACAGAAUUGAUACAAACUGGCGGCGAGGAGAACUGAAAUCUCCAAAGGUGCUCAAAGGACAUGAUGAUCAUGUGAUCACAUGCUUACAGUUUUGUGGAAACAGGAUAGUGAGUGGUUCUGAUGACAACACCCUAAAAGUUUGGUCAGCAAUCACAGGCAAAUGUUUGAGAACAUUAGUAGGACACACUGGUGGAGUAUGGUCAUCACAAAUGAGAGACAAUAUCAUCAUCAGUGGAUCUACUGAUCGUACUCUUAAAGUUUGGAAUGCAGAGACUGGAGAAUGUAUACAUACUUUAUAUGGACAUACCUCCACUGUUCGCUGUAUGCACCUCCAUGAAAAGCGGGUUGUUAGCGGUUCUCGAGAUGCUACUCUUAGGGUUUGGGACAUUGAGACAGGCCAGUGUUUACAUGUCCUGAUGGGUCAUGUAGCUGCAGUCCGAUGUGUUCAGUAUGAUGGCAGGAGGGUUGUUAGUGGAGCAUAUGAUUUCAUGGUGAAGGUGUGGGAUCCAGAGACUGAGACUUGUCUACACACACUGCAAGGGCAUACUAAUAGAGUCUAUUCAUUACAGUUUGAUGGCAUCCAUGUGGUGAGUGGAUCUCUUGAUACUUCAAUCCGCGUCUGGGAUGUGGAAACAGGGAACUGCAUUCACACAUUAACGGGACAUCAGUCAUUAACUAGUGGAAUGGAACUCAAGGACAAUAUUCUUGUCUCUGGAAAUGCAGAUUCCACAGUUAAAAUCUGGGAUAUAAAAACAGGACAGUGUUUACAGACGUUGCAAGGUCCCAACAAACAUCAGAGUGCUGUGACCUGUUUACAGUUCAACAAGAACUUUGUAAUUACCAGCUCAGAUGAUGGGACUGUAAAACUGUGGGACUUGAAAACGGGUGAAUUUAUCCGAAACCUAGUCACAUUGGAGAGUGGGGGCAGUGGGGGAGUCGUGUGGCGGAUCAGGGCCUCUAACACAAAGCUAGUGUGUGCAGUUGGAAGCCGCAAUGGGACUGAGGAAACAAAGCUGCUGGUGCUGGACUUUGAUGUGGACAUGAAGUGAAGAGCAGAAAAGAUGAAUUUGUCCAAACAUGUAGAAGAUGUACUCCCUGCCCUUCCCCCUGCAAAAAAAAAAAAAAAAAAAAAAAUCCCUUGUUCUCCGUGGUGCAGGAUGUUGGUUUGGGGCAACAGAUUGUAGAGACCUACAGACGAAGGGGAAGACGAGAUGACAAACCGUAGCUGACAAGCGAGGCAUCUGCUGUCUCAUCACGUACAAGGCUUCACUUUGGACUUGGGGGCAGCUUUGCAAAAUAUGACUUUCUAAAUCAAACCAGGUGCAAUUAUUUCUUUAUUUUCCUCUCAAGUGGUCAUUGGGCAGUGCGAUGCUGAAACCUUGUUCCAAAUCCUGCGCUAACCUGUUCUUUUACCACCGAGGUCUAGAAAGGAGCUGCAAUAACAUCAAAAUGUGGACUGGUUGCCUUUUCAAAUUAGAGAGAGCAUCUGCAACAAAACAAGUCAUUUCUGGAGUGGAAAAGCUAAAAGUUUUUACUGUGAAUUGUUUUUGUACAGUUAUCAUAAAAAAAAGCUUUCUUUUUUCUUUUUUUUUCUUCUUUUUUUGCCAACCAUUGCCAAUGUCAAUCAAUCACAGUAUUAGCCUCUGUUAAACUAUUUCCUGUUGCUUCCAUUUACACUCUUCAAUGCAUAUGUUGCUCUGAGGUGGCAAGUUGUCCUGGGUUCUGUGAGUCCUGAGAUGGAUUUAAUUCUCGAUGCUGGUGCUAGAAGUAGGUCUUCAAACAUGGGAUUGUUGUCCCACCCCUGUACUGUAUUCCCAGUGGCCAAACUUAUUUAUGCUGCUAAAUGAAAGAAAAAAAGCAAAUUAUUUUUUUUUUAUUUUUUUUCUGCUGUGACGUUUUAGUCCCAGACUGAAUUCCAAAUUUGCUCUAGUUUGGUUACGGAAAAAAAAAAAAAGACUUUUUGCCACU